AAACGGAAAUGAAAAACGUGCUUGUGGUCAGCUGACUGAAAUAUUUACAAGGCAAACUUCCCUCCCGGAAAAGCAUCAACCAAACUCCCCAAUGCGCCGGAAUGUGUCGCAUAUGUUCGCCUUUAUACAUAGCGUCGUGAUUAUUUGAUGAAUUGUAAGUUUUGUAUUCACAUUUGCGUCUCUAUUCAAGCCGUUUAGCACAUAAAUGCCACCGCUGCACCUGCGAAGUGAACACGCGGAACAUCACCGGGGCUAUUUCGGGAGGUUUUGAAGGGAAAAGGUCGCCAUGGACAUCCAACCGGAGGGGAGGCGACUCCUGGAUGCUGACGGUCAACAUGAUGACGAUCCCACUGGGCUCAUUUCCGAACAGGACGCUUAUCUUAGCAAAGUCAGCAACAGGAAGUUGUACCUGGCCACCUUGGCGUCCGUGCUGGGCCCCAUGAGCUUCGGCUUCGUGCUGGGCUACAGCUCACCCGCCAUCCCGGAGCUAGCCAGGAGCCCCGACCCGCGACUACGGCUGGACGACGUGCAGGCGUCCUGGUUUGGGUCGGUGGUGACGCUGGGGGCGGCGGCGGGCGGCCUGCUGACCGGCUGGAUGGUGGACAAGGCGGGCAGGAAGCUGACUCUCAUGUUCUGCUCGCUGCCCUUCGUCUUUGGCUUCACCGUCAUCAUCGCCGCCCACAACGUGGGGAUGCUCUACGUCGGGCGCGUGCUGACGGGGCUCGCCAGCGGAGGCGCCUCGCUCGUCGUGCCGCUGUACAUCUCUGAGAUGGCCCACGAACGUGUGCGAGGGAUGCUGGGCUCGUGCGUGCAGCUGAUGGUGGUGCUGGGCAUCAUGGGAGUUUACCUGGCCGGUCUGUUCGUGGACUGGCGCUGGCUGGCGGUGUGCGGGGCGGUGCCACCCACACUGCUCAUUUCGUCCAUGUGCUUCAUGCCGGAGACGCCGCGCUUCCUGCUGCUGCGGGGCAAGCGGCGCGAGGCCGAGGAGGCGCUGCGCUUCCUGCGGGGGCCUCACGCGGCCGUGGAGUGGGAGUGCGCCCGCAUCGAGGAGGCCUGCGACCAACAGAGUUCCAGCUUCCGGGCGUCGGACCUGAAGGAUCCGGGCGUGUACAAGCCGCUGGCCAUCGGCGUGAUGCUGAUGUUCUUCCAGCAGAUGUCGGGCAUCAACGCCGUCAUGUUUUACGCCCAGAACAUCUUUGAGCAGGCGCAUUUCAAGGAGAGCGAUCUGGCCUCGGUGAUGGUGGGCGCGGUUCAGGUGGUCUUCACCGGCGUGGCGGCGCUCGUCAUGGACAAGGCCGGAAGGAAAGUGCUGCUCGUCAUUUCAGGCGUGGCCAUGGUGAUCAGCACGGCGACGUUUGGGCUGUACUUCUUCUUAAUGUCCAGGAGCUCCUCUCCGGAGGAACAUCACGCCAACAUGGCCUGGUUGGCCCUCACCAGCAUGGCCGUCUUCAUCACGGGCUUUGCUUUGGGUUGGGGUCCCAUCCCAUGGUUGGUGAUGUCCGAGAUCUUCCCGGUGAAAGUUCGCGGCUUCGCCAGCUCCGUCUGCGUGCUGACCAACUGGGGCAUGGCUUUCGUCGUCACCAAGAGCUUCCAGGACAUGAUGACUCUGCUCACCAGUGCGGGAACUUUCUGGCUCUUCUCGUGCAUGUGCCUCGUCAGUGUGGUCUUCACCAUUGUAUUUGUGCCGGAAACUAAAGGCCGCACACUGGAGCAGAUCGAGGCCAACUUCCAGGGAACGGCGGGACCGUGAUGGCUUUCAGAACCUCAUUAAAAACAAUGCAAAUGUU